AUGCAGAUUAGCCCUGUGUGCAGUACACGCUCUUUACAAGAAGAAAAAGCAUCACUCUUGUUAUUUGGCUAUUGUUCGCUUGAGGCAUGUUUUAUUUCAGCUCAACUCCAAGCAGAGUUAUUACAGAUCCCACAGCAGAAGUUCUCUGUGAUGAGAGAAACAUGUGAUCUCCAGGCCCUAGAGAAGAAAUUAUGCUGGGAAGGCACCUCCAGCGGGAAGGCUGAUGCUGGCCACCUGAGCAAACACCCAGUCUAGCGAGCAGAAAAAAAAGGAGUAUUUGUGGUUUCCUCUUCCCCAGGACUUCCGAAUGCUGCGUGGAGGGAACAAAUAACUGUGAAGUUACCAGGGAGCCCUGAAAGCCAGGAGAUGUACGUUUUUAACUUGACGUCACUCACCGAGUCUGAAAACGUCUUGUCAGCUUCGGUGUAUUAUUAUAUUGGUGAUCUGCUGCAUGUUAAGUGGAACUGUUCCCAAUCCAGAGGCUGUUCUCGUCACGGGCACAGGGAGGCUGAGGUUCAGAUACAUCUUUCAGUUUGGACCUUUCCUUUUGUUGGGAACCACACUCGGAGCCUGGGACAUUUCCUAAUAAAUGUCUCCGCUGCUUACCAGGAUGUCCUUUCCUGGCAGUGGAAGGAUAUCACUCAUCUCCUUCAUGAAGCGAAACAAAACAAUGAACUCCUGAUCAGUGUCAAAAUGGAUCUGACCAGCCAUCACCCCUGGAAAAGGGCACCUUCUCGCUAUGAACCCUACAUUCUGAUUUAUGCCAAUGAUUCUGCUAUUUCAGAGCCAGAGAGUGUUGUCUUUAGUUUGCAAGGGCACCGUCAUCCUCUGGCAAGGGUCUUUUCCAGGCCAGAAAACCACGUGAGGAGCAGCCUCGGGAAGCAGCGGCGAAAACGCUCCACCAACGUCCUGUUGCCGUUGCAGAAUAAUGAGCUUCCAGGAGCAGAGUACCAGUACAAUGAGGAUGAGAGAUGGGAAGACAGAAAACCCUACAAAACCUUCCAGCCACGGUUAGCAGAGAGGGCAAAGAGUAAGAAAAAGCAGAGGAAGAAUCAUCACCAGAAGAGCCAGACUCUCCAGUUCGAUGAGCAAACGCUGAAGAAGGCGAGGAGGAAGCAGUGGAAUGAGCCAAGGUAUUGCGCCCGGCGUUAUCUCAAGGUGGAUUUUGCAGACAUUGGCUGGAGUGAGUGGAUUAUUUCCCCUAAAUCCUUCGACGCCUAUUACUGCUCAGGGGAAUGCCAAUUCCCAAUUCCAAAGGCCUUGAAGCCAUCCAACCAUGCCACCAUCCAGAGCAUAGUGAGAGCCGUCGGGGUCGUCCCGGGCAUUCCUGAGCCUUGCUGCGUUCCUGACAAAAUGUCUUCUCUUAGUAUCUUAUUCUUUGACGAAAAUAAAAACGUCGUUCUUAAGGUGUACCCCAACAUGACAGUGGAAUCCUGUGCGUGCAGAUAACAUCUCGGGAGA